GAGAGAAGUCACAGUCCAGUUGAAGCGCAAGGGUCCUCCGGCUAAGGACUACGGUCCCUGGCAGUCCGGGACAUUAUGCCAGGCGGCGAGGGGUCCCCGAUCAAUCUCCUCGACCACCAUCAUCGCGCGUCGACUGCCGCCACCACGUCCACGACGAACGAGUGCGCGAACGGCGACGAUGUUAGGACCGCGUCAUCGGCGACUAGCACCGGCACGACCUUCACCAGCGCGAUGACGAGCGCCCUAGCGGGCGACGGUCUCCGUCGCAGAAAGGUCAUACACGCGGCCCGAGAGACCCUUGAUAAGGCAUCCCGUCUUUUAAGACGAAAAAUACCAUGUACAGGCCAUUUAAUGACCCCCCGCCGCCUAUGGAUACAAAAGGUUCCUACUCAGGAAUGCGACGUAGUCAUGAUGUUCCCUAAUGGGGCAAACGACGAGACCUUGAUGUGGCUUUUAGGUCGGCUCCGGGCUGGAACCCCGGGGCUAGUAGUUCACGUGCGACAUCACGCCUCGUCGGACAGUUACGGGUUUUACAUUACGGCACCAUUUAACGUUCUGCUCAAGGCCGCCGAGGAAGUGCAUCUUCCAAAGUCCCUUAGGCAGGAAUUCGGUGGAGGAUUCAAGGAGUUCGUCGGCUCCGAGGCCAACUGCUUCGAGGGCAGCGACGACGAGGUCCGAUUUUUCACUACCCAGGAAAGGCAGUCCCUAGUACUGCACUUACUAAAUACUUUGAGGGCCGGUCCUCAAGAUCUCCAUAGUCUAGCCGGUCUUAAGAUGGUGGAGGGUCAAGCAAUUAUCCCAAAGUGCAUUUCAUCCGGUAUUAUUUCUCAGGUCUUCCCUCUUCACGAAUUACCCGCGUUAGAGAAACUGCAACGGAGCUGGGUCCGCGCGUUCCUCAGCCCCCAACCAUUGGACGAUAUUUGUAAAUAUUUCGGGGUGAAAAUCACCAUGUACUUUGCCUGGCUCGGCCACUACACCACCGCUUUGAUCGUUCCAGCUGCAGUAGGUGUCAUAUAUUGGGUCGGCAUCAUCGGCAGGAAUCAAGCGGUGGAAGACGUGGCGUACGUUUUGUUUUCGGUGUUCAACGUGAUAUGGGCUACCGUAUACCUGGAGACAUGGAAAAGAAGGGGCGCGGAAUUGGCGUACAGGUGGGGCACUUUGGAUCAGAGGGACGAUUUAUUGGUCGAGCCUAGACCUCUGUUUACAGGAACUCUAGAGGUUUCAUCAGUGACGGGUAGGCUGGAACCGACGUAUCCCAGGUGGCGAAGAAAUAUGUUUCGAUAUUUCGUGAGCGUGCCUAUCAUUGCAAUUUGUUUACUCUUCGUCUUCAUCGUUAUGAUUCUGAGUUUUCAGAUACAGGAUUGGUGGGACGCACAUCUCGAAUCAGGAGGCUAUGGAUUCUGGCUAAGUUACGUGCCAAAGGUGUUGCUCGCAAUAGUGAUUGCAUUAAUGGAUGAAGCGUACUUCAAAGUCGCGGUGUGGUUAAACGAUUUGGAAAACUAUCGACUAGACACCGAGUACGAGAAUCAUCUGAUCUACAAAGUGGCACUGUUUCAGUUUGUGAACUCCUUCCUAUCGCUGUUUUACAUCGCCUUCUAUCUUCAAGAUCAAGAGAGACUCAAAGAGCAAUUGGCGGCUCUACUCAUAGCUCGUCAAGUGAUCGGCAAUCUGAAGGAAUCCGCGGUACCAUACCUCAUCGAACAACUACGACUGGCACGGCUGAGCUUCGAACUGUUCGGAGCCUUGAGUCCCAGCGAGGCACGGCCACCUCCCGGUCAAGAGGGUGAAGAGGUACAGGGUGGUAAAGACACCGAGGAGAAGGACGAACGACCUGACAGCGGCAAAACGAAGCAACCGCGAAACGUCAGCCAGGCAGAAUUGGAGAGUUCCCUCUACAGAGUAGGGCAUCCCACUAAUUCUCUACUUAGUGACGUUACGUUCAAGUACGACGGGGCGUUUUCAGAGCAUUUGGAAAUGUUAUCGCAACUGGGAUACGUCUGUCUCUUUUCGUCCGCAUUUCCAUUAGCUGCAAUGGCUGCUUUACUUGGGAAUUUGCUCGAAUUACGCGGCGACGCGUUCAAACUAUGUUUCGUGCUUCAACGACCUUUCGGGCGUAGAGUCUCGAACAUCGGUACAUGGCAAAAUGCCAUGGAGGCAAUGGGCUUGGUCGCUAUUUUGGUAAACUGCGCUCUAAUCGGAUUGAGUGGGCAGGUGCAACGAAUGUUUCCGGAGAUGUCAGCAACGCAAACCAUUUUACUAAUCGUGGCAUUGGAACACAUCAUGUUCGCUAUUCGAUUUGUGAUUAUUUGCGCGAUUCCCGAUAUACCUCAUUGGGUCGCCACCGAGAUGGCUAAAGUGGAAUUCUUAAGACGCGAGGCAGUUCGAAGGCUAUCUUCGACUCCGUCACCGGAACAACAACCAACAACAGUGAUAGGGAGAUUCGUGGUGAGUCCAGCAGACGGAGAAAGCGAAGAGCAGAUACUUUCCGAUCGCGCCGCUUAUGCGUCCAGUCAGGCGAACACUCCGACCUUGGCUUCGACCACCCACACGCCAAGUGGCGCGACAACACCGAGUGCCGCGUCGGUGCCGAGGAUCGCGGAAACACCACCUACGGCCGGAACCCCCGGCAGCGGUGGAAGCAGUAGCGAGACCAGUCCGUUCUUACCCGAGAGCAAUUCCAACGUCACCCGGGACAUUCGUAACACGCCGAGAUGUUCCAUACCCGGAGGCGAACGAGUAGGAAGACGCUCGAGGGAGUGGUUAAGCAACGAACCGGAAGCGUCCGGUACCAACGAUCAAUACAGCCAUCAUCUGACCAUUGGACCACACGGCGGCGUCGAUUGGGUACGUCGGUUAGGUUUAGAGCCAGGGGGACGAAAAUCGAGUGAUUCCGAAAUUAGUGGUUCCGCUGCAGUGAGCGGACGGGAGGAGGAAUUAACUUUGCACAGGUCAACCGAUUGCAUCGUCUCCAAAGAACUCGCUUCUUCCUCAGACAGCGAUCUUCUCAGAUCGGCACCGCCCUGGGUGGCGGCUCAUAGAAACCAGAAGUUCCGCUUUUCACCCGAAAAGGAAAAGGAACGUGAGAAGGUGGAGAAGCAACAAUACCAUCAACAGCAUCAUCAGAGAGAAACUCGAGAAACUCGGGAAACCCGCGAAACCCGCGAAACCCGGGAAAUCCGUGAAACUCGUGAAACGCACGAUCAUCGAGCGAGCGAGCGACAGUCUUAUCUCGCCGAAAAGGAGAAAGACUCGAGCGGGCUGUCAGAUUCCAGCAAGACUAUCUCGAGUCAAGAAGAGGAGAAGCCGACGAAGGAGGAACGGGAGGCGAAGAAGACGCGCGUGAAGCAAAGCCUGAUGAAACGGGCGCGCUCGGUGGCGAUCUUCUCGCUAAAGCUGAAGGAACGUCGCGCACGGGAAGCCGAGCUUAAGGCCAAGGAAGCGGAAAGGGAGGCCAGGUGGCAACAGCCGCAAUCGUGCGUCGGCGGCGAGCUCUCGUGCAUCCCCAUAGAAAAGCUUAUCUCCGUGGACGACAUCGCGGCCAUGGAAAUGCGUCGGCCGAAUCAUUAGCCGCUUGACGAGUCAUCUUUCUCACACUUUUGUUUCCACGCUACGUAGAGAGCCGUUCGCGUACCGCGACACGCGGAUCUCCGCAACCGAUGCGACGCGCGACGAUGAAGAUCAUGUUCUCCGCGUGUUGAAUCGCGACGGAGAGAAAAAAAAAAAGAUCCUGACGGCCGCGUGCAGGUACGCGUUACCGGACGAGAGAAAAAGGCGCACAAUUUACGAAAUCAUCGCAGA